GAUACUGUUAAGUGGCAGAUGCUCAAUAGGAGCUGCUGCCUUGGGUCAAGAGGAACUUGGAAAAACUCUUUGAAGCUGUGGGACAAAUUUGUGUGAAGAACUUUCUAGUUGUACCCAUUAACUAUCAGUUUUUGCCAGAAGACUGUCAGAGUUACUAAAGUGUCACAAUUGAUCUGGUAGCUUAAACAGAGGGCAGGCACCAAUGCGGAAGACCCAUUAUGAUGAAGAAGACCGGCUUUGUUUUCCUCGAGGACAGCAUUGUGUGUCCAAUAUGCCUUGAGGUAUUCAGAGAGCCUGUCACCACAGCCUGUGGACACAACUUCUGCAUGGAUUGUUUGCAGGAUUACUGGGACCAUCAAGUCCUGAUUGGGGAAUGCCCUUACUGCCCUCAGUGUCGUGAGCCUUUCAGUUCAAGGCCUCAGCUCCGCAAAAACAUAAGUUUGGGAGAAAUUGCCAUGACAUUUACACAUGAGGAGUCCCAGAGGCCAAGGAAGCUUGCAGGUUCAAGCGAUGUCCCAUGUGACUUUUGCUCCCCUAGGAAGUUCAAAGCAAUCAAGUCUUGUCUGCAGUGUAUGGCUGCCUUGUGUGACAACCACAUCCGGUCCCACUUUGAAGACAAUACCUUCAAGAACCAUCAGCUGGUAGAGCCUCUUGUUGACCUGAAGGCCAGCAUCUGCUUGAAACAUCGCAGGCUGCUGGAACUGUUCUGCAAAAUGGAAGGCAAAUACAUUUGCCAAAUGUGUGUCCGGGAGGAGCACAAGAACCAUGACAUAGUCUCUCUAAAAGAGGACCGAGCAAAGAAAGAAAUGGAGGUCAGACAAACACACGCUAAUGUGGGAAACCAGAUCUUCAUGUUGGUAGCAGACAGUAGGAAGCACAGAGGAAGAGUGAACUACCUUGUGAAAGUGGCGAAGACUGCCAGAGACGAAGUGAACCGGGCCUUUGGGGAUGUUUUAAAAGAGAUCAAACGACUACAGACUAAAGUGAUGGACUUUAUAGACCAAGAAGAAAGAUCAGCCUUGGUCAGAAUGGGAAAUUCCAUUCAGCACAGGCAAGAGAAACUGGUGGCUCUCAGAAAGCAGAAUCUCUGGCUGGCAACACUUAUUGAUGACCCCAGUGACCACCAGUUCUUGCAGGACUUCCCAAAGACAAAAUCAAUGUCUGGCUGCACAGAAGCUUUGGUGGGUCUAAAAUGUGAGGAACCCACCAGUUUUGUAGGGCUUAAACAGACGUUGACGGACUUGAAAUCCCAAAUGUCCAUGAUUGGGCUCUGCUUUAUCAACAAAGUCCUUCAGAAAGGGAUCACAAUGGUGCCUUAUGAAGUGAUACCACCUCCCAUGGACCGGAAGGCUCUCCUGAAGUAUUAUUGCAUCCUGAAUUUUGAUGCUAGCACUGCCAACGAGGAGCUCUUCCUGUUUAAAGAGACCCAUUCUGUGCUAAACAUGGGGAUCUUGUUGGAGAACUGUUUGAAACCCAGCCAAGGGUUCAACCACUGGCCGCAGCUUCUGUGCACCCGCAGCCUAUGCGAGGGCUGCCAUUACUGGGAGGCUGAGAUCUCCAAUGCUUGGCUCUGCUUAGGAGUCACUUACAACUACAGGCAUCAGACCGAGAAGGCGUGUAUGUUGUAUCUGAUUGGUAGGAAUAGCAGUUCCUGGUGCUUGGAGUGGGACUCGGUGAAGUUCUGUGUCUGGCAUAACAAUAUCCAGACCGUAGUGCAAGGCAACUAUUACAAGACCAUCGGUGUCUUGCUGGACUACGCGGCUGGUUCCCUGACGUUCUAUGGCAUCGCCAAUACCGUGAACCUCAUCUAUCGUUUCCUAACAACGUUCACUGAGCCACUCUACCCAGCUGCCAUGGUAAGCAGUGGAGCUUCCAUUACUUUGAAACAACAUCCAGAGUAGGAGGUCAAUCCCAUCCCAACCGCUCCUUAGAGGUCAAGGAGCAUUUUGCUGCUGAUGAUAAAAUUAACUUUUCUUUUGUGGCCGAAAAGGCAUGGCUCCUUCUUUGU